GUCUCCUCGUUUGCUUUUCCUCCUUUCCUUUCCUCAGUUCUGCGGGAUGCGCCCCCCCCCCAACUCUUCUCCCGCUUCGCAGCCUCUUCCCAAGCCACCUUCUCUUCCGGACACCUCCACCCCCCCCCCCGCAUUUUCUUCCUUGGGGUCUAUAUGUGUGCAGGCGGCACUUUCCCAAGGGGAGGGCUGUGUCCCCAGAUUCCUCCUGACACGGAGCCUCCCCCCUCCCCUCCUUUCCUGCCUGGCAACAGCCCCUUCUGCUUUGUGUGCCCCCUACCCUUGCUCUGCUUUUUUGUUUCCCGUCGCCUCUGUCAUGCGCCUCUGCAACAGCUUGGGGAGAAGGCGGCAGAGGAGAGCGCCUGCCUGCCUGCGAAACCCUCCAGCCGUGCAAAGAGGUCGGGGGAGGAGGAGCAACACUUUUCUCAUGUGAUGCAUGGAGAGGAGACUCUGCAGAAUGUCUCCAGAUCCAGCUUGCCUCUUUUUCCAGUGGCCAGGGAGACUAAGCAUGUUCUUCCUCACGGGUUCUUUGUAAUUCCCCUGGAUGGCAAUGAGAGCGAUGGCAACGAAAGUUGAAGUCAGCUCUGUCCUGACAUCCCUGACCAAUCGAAGCGAGCUUGUGAAUGAGGCAACACUUCAACACACCUUUGCCAGCAGUCUUUCUGAUACAAGCAACAAGUCCAAUGAACAUCCAAGUUCUGUGUCCCCACAAAUUUCAGAAGGAAGGAGCACAUUUGGGAACCCUAUGAGACCAGCAACAAUGCCUCCAGCUACUUCAAGGCCACGAUUAACUCCGAAGCCAUUCUCAAGGGAGAAGUCUUGGGACACUUUUGCAGCGGUGAAAGCUCCUGUCCCCACAGCCAAACCUGGCAACGUCGCCCGCAGACCCUUGGCAUUUGCCAAAAACGUUGAAGACAAUGUGGCAGAUGUUAAGGGAAUGCUUAGUGGAAGCAUUCCUCCCUUGGUAGAGCAAAAAUUAAUCGAGAACAAAAGCACAAGUGAGUUUGUUGCAAAUAUGCCCUUUUAUUCCAGUCCCCAGGCUAACACAGUAAUCCUAUUUGAAACCAGAAGUACUGAGGAAACAAGGAUGAAGUUAUCUUCUGAGAAAACAUACAGCACUUUACGGGCGCAGGAGAGGCAGCUUCCCUCAGAAUCAGAAAUGUCCUACAGAAGACCUGAAGGUGCUGCCAUUCACCAGCAAUUUUCUGUUUCCUCAGAGUCCAAGCCUGUCUCCUGCAACCCUCACAGAUCUCUCGAAAGGAAAGAGUCCUUUUCAGGUGCUACUGAGGAAAGGCCUAAAAAUGUUGGAAAGCAGCAGAGCAGCGCUAGUUUGGCUAGCGAGGAGCAGCCAAGGCCCAAACAGAGACCAGUGUCUGCCAUUUUUCUGGAGUCCUUAAAGGAUCAAAAGCAGUGUGGAACUGAUGUUUCUGAUGAAAAACCUAAUCAUGAAAAGUCCUGGGUUAGGAAGCCUCGCCCACUAUCCAUGGAUCUUACAGCAAAAUUUGAAAUCCGAGACUUUUCAAUUCAAAGGAAAUCUUGCCCAUCUGAAAGCAAGGAGAGGAACCUUCUUACCAAUGAGGGCAGCAGCAGACCAUUUGAACUGAGGACCAAGAGUGAAACAGAAGGGUUAAACAAAGUGGAUUCUUCCAAGUCACAUUUGAAAAGUGCCACUCAGGUUGAUGACUGCCUGGGUAUUAAAAGUAAAACUACUGCUCAAAUCCAGAAACCCUCUUCAAAUGAAGUUGGGUCCCUAGGCCGGAACACUCCAAAAGACUUGAAUCAAGUCUCUGCAAAGGACAGAAAAUGGGAGAUGAGGCUUAACAGCCAAGAGGAAGAAAAUGGGAGAGAAACAGAUAUUGCAGCAACUUCAGGAAAAAACACAGAGCCACCCCGUAGCAAAGGGCUGUCUGGCAAAGAGAGAAUGGCACCAAACCACAAGGGAACUUGUGCCUUUAGUGAAAUCUCUGCAAAUGUUUCAGACACCAAAAACAAAAGCUUGAGGGAAGGCACUAUAAAAAAAAAUGUGAAUUUACCAGAUGCAUUUGAAAGCUGUGCACCUCCAGUGAAUGCUGAAUCCUUCCCAGAAAGUCCUGGGAAAGAAAACAAAAUCAUGAACAUCCAGCAGAGGAUCAGAGAACUGACUGCUGAAAAUACAGAGACCAAGCCAGGAAACCUGCGCCAGUCAUUCCGCUCGCGGCCUCUUUCUGCAGACUUGACCAAACUGUUUUCCAACCCUGUGACUUCUGGUGACACGAAGCCUGAGCGACAGUCUGAAUCAAACAUGAAGCCUGUUAGUCAAACGCCAGAUAUUCAGGAGGAUGAGGCAUAUUUCCUGCAUGCAACAGAUUCUAGAGAAGCCCAUUCGGCUGGAACUCCCUGGAAGCUACAGCAGCCUUUAAAAAUCCCACACAGAGAUGGGCACCUUGAGAGAGAUAGUAGUUUUGCCAUAGAGAUUCAAAAUGUCACUCUGCAGGGUGAAAGUCCUGCUUUGGUCACAGAUCAUGAUAUGAAAACACAUUCCAAGCCUUCUAUAGAAAAUGUGUGCAUUAAAACUGUUAGAGCAACCAUGUUUGAGCACCAUGUGCAGAGGCACCACAUAGCUGCUGAUCACUUUGAAGCUGAGUCUACAUUGCAGGCAAUGAAUGAGCUUGUUGAGGGGCAGCUAGGAUUUGGCAAGGAGUCAUGGCUAGAAAAAGCUCGGGAGGCUAAAAUGAACCCAAAGAAAGUGUCCUCCAGGCAGGCUCAUAUAUCAGCAGAUGCUGGAAAACAAAGAAAUGCAAACAUUUCAAAUGAAGACAAAGUUCCUCAGGCAUCAGAGAUAUACACUGCAAAAGACAAGUAUGAAAAACCCACUGCAAAGCAUGUGGAGGACUCAUUAAUGUACCAAAGGAUAGAGCCAAGAUAUGAAAUUCUCCAGACAGUUGGCAAAAGGGUGCAAAGCGAGGCAAUUGCAGUUGUGCCUGAGGAUAAGGCUGUAACCCUACGCAGCAGAAGAUUUUUGAAAGAGAGGAGAAAAACGGAUGGGAGUGCUGUGGAUGCUUCUUGGACCUGUAGCUCCGACAUUAAGGGUGAUGGCUGGGAAGAUGACUCUUUCCUUUUCAAAGCAAGAGACGCAGAGGAAAUUUCAACAAAGGUAACUGCUCUGAAAGAAGUUAGUGCCUCCCAAAGCCAACAUGUUUCCCACAAGCAAGGAGCUGAGUUGGAUAAAAAUCUGACUGGACAGCAGCAUGCAACUGUGAUAGCUUCAUACUUCACUAAUAGAGAGAAGGAUUUGGGGAAAACAGAUGACACAGUCUCUAAGCUAUCUUCAGGGACAGAAAAAAGAAAAAGUGAUGCUGUUCUUGCUGGUAAGAUGGAGAGUUCCAAAAUGCUGAAAUGCUUCCCAGAGAGUUUUGAAGCAGGUCCAGACAGGACAGAUGGCUGUGAAGCCAGAGCAAAUGGUGGUCAGAACAUUUCUUCACCCAUUACCAGUAAGCAGGAGAGCCAGACUUCUCUGUGUGGGAUGACCCAUUACCAGUGGCAAAAGCACAGCAGCAAGUGUCCCCACCCAGAGGCAGACCCUACAAUAUCUUACGAGCAGAAAGAAGAAUCUAAAGCAUUUGGAUUAAUGACAUGCUCAAUGGCAUACAGUGCCCAAGAAGAACGGGAUGUUUUGGAGCACAAAGCUGAAGUACACCAACAUCAACAGCUCAGUGGAGAAGAGAUGGUCAGGAGAAGUGGCCGUCAUGUUUCUGGUCCAAAAGCUUCAGAAGGAUGGCGAAGGAAGACCUUGCCUCAUGAUGCUGCCCAGUUUGAGGAAGUUGGGCUGCUGGCUCAGGAGAGUGGCAAAGCCCUGAGCAGACGGGACUCCUUGCAACUUCAUGACAAAUUGAUUGCAAAGAGAAACCCAAAACCCAGGUGUGGAGCAGAGCCACAGGAUGGGAGUUUAGUCACUCCCAGCAGUCCAGACAAUGAUCUUAAGAAUCAGCUCUCUCCUUCAGAGCCGAAAGCAACAUAUUUUGCUAUUACUUACCAGAUCCCUGAUGAAAACGCAAAUAUCUCUGGAAAACUACUUGAUCCUCUCAGAAGCAAACACAUUUCUUCACUAGCCAAAGAUGCUUCAGUUACUCCCAAUACUAGUACUUCCAGAAGAUCCUAUCCCCCAAAUUACCAAUAUAGUGAAAGAUUUACAGAUGCACAUGUCUCUAUGGACAGGCAUCUUAAAAAGAACUGGAUUGAAGGGGGAGAAGGUAGUGCCUCAGAUCUUCCAAAGAAAGGAACAUUUAAACAUAGACUAACUGAGACCAGAGAUGGGAACUCGAUGGCUCCGGAGAAGCGACUAGAGGAUGCUAAAGCGAGGGUUAUAGAAGUAGAUCCCCUGCAUCUAGCAGGGCCAGAGUCUCUCUUCUAUUUCAGACCUCUUCAUUGGGACAGUGAGCAUUUAGGGCAAAAGAAGUGUAGCAACCACAGCCACAGUAUGGCCAAAGGUAAGGCCUCUGAUUAUUACAGGUCAAAAGUUCUUGACAUUGAUGCACUGAUGGCCCAAUAUGAAGGAGAUUCUAAGAAGGACUCUGUGGCUCUGGGCAAGAAAGAGGGUGGUCUUCCUGAAGAUAGCAGCUCAUUUCCUUGGGAGAGAUUGGCACAUAAAAGGAAUUCUCCAGGAAGCACUAGGCAGGAUAUUUACGCCACAGAAUUCUGCAUAAGAGAGAGAGAGCUGUUGAGGAACUGUGGCCAGCAGCUGAAUCCCUCCAAGGCCAUAGAUGUGAAUUUCAGCCCUCCUUUCCAGGCAAGGGCAGUUGCAGAAAAACCAAAGUAUUCACCUGCAGCAGAUCCAGUCAGCACUAGGAAAAAAACAUUCAUUGUUGAUGAUGAUCAAGGAGAGGACCUCGUGUUAAGGCACCAAAGUGCAAAAUAUGCUAAUUACAAUUCACAGGUCUCCAGUCUUGUCAGUACGGAUGUGGAACUGGAGAAAAGCUUUGUCCUUCAUCCCCCACAGGUACUCAGUGACAGUGCCUUGGGGAAGGAUGUGAGCCUGAAGCAACUGUCAGCUGUGCAUUCAGAGGGCAACUGGAGCACCAGUGUUGACGUGAGUGGGGCUGAUAAGAAGCAAGCUGGUGCAGGUGGAAGUUCUUUGGAGAAUGACGGUUCUGCAGUCAAGAGCAGAGCCAAAUGGAGUCGCGCCACAUCUGGUUUGGUCUGUGACCUACCAGACUUAAAGCGUUCGUACUCUGAAAAGAGUCGCCAGUCCAGAGCAAGGGGCAGUUUACCCUCUGGGCCAGAAACAAGAGGAAGACAAGACCAAAACAGAGUAUGUCAAAGCUUCCCACCAGAAUCUAUGGACAGCCAGCUGAACCAACAAAGGACAUCUCAAUGGGACUCUUUCCUCCUUGAAAGGACAAAGGAUGUUGACAAAGAAUGGACCAAGCAGGACCGUGAUGGCUCAGGAGCAAGAAAUUCUCCCUACCUUCCUCUGCAGAAGAGGAGCCACAGUUUUUACAAAGACAAAAGGACUGACCACUGGGCAGCGUGGUUCUUAUUUUUAUCUGUAAGCCAUCUUGAGUCCUGUCAGAGGAAAAGGUGGGAUAAUAAUAACAACAACAACAACAACAACAACAACGAUAAUAUACUAAAAUAAACUGGCAUAUUUUAUAACUUGUGCCCAUCCAACUUGUGUUCCCCAGCAACCUGCCCUUCUGAUCUGAGGUCUUCACGAUUCCUUCACCAAUUCCCAUGCCACCUCCCUGUUCAUAGAAGGCCACUGUCUUCCCAUUCCCCAUUCUGCUGUGUAUAAUCCCACUGGGCUUGUGAGGACUGCAGAUGUACAAAUAAAAGAGCUGUGCUGGAUCAGACUAAAUGCCCAGCUAGUUCAGUCUUCCCCAA